CUCAAAUAUCACCUCACGCUCCUUUACGCAGACCAUUCUACUCAAAAUGUUCUCCUUCAACGCCAUCAUCGCCCUCAUGGGCAUCGCCGCAAUCGUCAACGGCGCACCUACCGACAACACCGUCACCAAGCGCCUCGACGACAUCAAGAACUGCUACUGCGGUAGAGACACCGGCUCCGCCCUCGUCAGCGACCCGACCUCCACCAAGAACGCCUGCCCCGAUUACGGCACCGUUGGUGGACCGUACCCUACCAAGUGCCAGAUCAUGAUUGACAUCAAUGAGCCUUUGUUCGUUGCCAAGUGCAAGGCUCUUGGCCAGCCUACUGGAUGGUGCGAGAAAUAA